UUCUGCAUCGCGGGCGCAUCAACUUCAACUAUCACCAUGACAACGAUUAUUACAGCAGAAGUUCAAGAUGGCGGUGUAAAAGUCAAAACAACACAUAAAAUGGCUUUCGUUUCUACACCGGGAGGCUUCUCAUCGGCUAGAAAUACAGCAUCUAGGUGUCUUUCCCCAUCAAAAGCCCAAGGCGCAGAGCUCUUUCCUGUGGCGUCUGGUGUGCAAGUUCCUUAUGUUGGAGGAGAUGAGUUUGUUAUAAAGUCUCCAUUUAACUUAGAAAGACCUUCAACUUAUGUAUCAGAAUAUUAUGAAUCUUCAAGGCUGGCUUACAACUCCGCAGUCACAACAGCUGUACCUCAUAAUAGUGGGAAUUUUGUUUUUGGUAAAGUGGCAGUUGAUCUAGAUCCAACAGAUGAGCAAACUGGAAAACUUCUACAGGUUUUAUCACGCAAUCCUCAUACUGUCACAGACAAAAGCAGCAGAGAAAUAAGCAAGACUUAUCUACAAAAGAUUAGUAAUGGACUGUCAUUUACUGAUGAUGUUGUACAUUCACGUGCACCGCAUACAGUUCCUUACGAUGAGUUAAAGGCACAGGAAGUUUUUAAAUCUAAAGGUGUUGUUCAUAUAUCUAAAUCUAAACCAAUAGGACUGAUUGGUCGGCAUGACCCUAGAGGAACCAUCAAAAAACAUAUGCCAUGUCAUUUGAAAGGGCCUAGAAAACUUAAACCUUUAGUUAAAUCACUAAGUGCUCCUAUUGAACACAAGAAAAGACGAGCAACUAUUCAAACUGAAUUAGGAAUGCUUCCAAAGGGAAAUAAAGACAACGAGUUAGAAAAAAUUGUUUCUAGACAUGAAUGGGAUGAGCAUGUUUUAGCGUCUAUUAGCAAAUCUACAGCAGAGUGGAUUGUUAAUGAACAUGGUGGGCAAGAAAGGGAAAGACUUGGAGGGUUUCUGAGUGAAYGCUACAAACCUCCUGAACCAGUAAAACCUGUUACAAAAUCACCAAAUAUAGAAGAGAAGCAACCAGAAAAACUUCAAUCAAAAACAAGUACAAAGGAGAGUAAAAGUGAGCAAAGUAUUGAUAUCCACUUUGCUCCAUCAUUCAGUCUACCUCCGCGUGUUGGGGAUAAGAAACUUGAAACAGACAAUAUAUAUCAACAAGAACUUCUUGGAGGAGCUCAACAUGUUGCAUCUAGAAAAGUAAAGGACCCUGAUACAAUAGUACUAGAUACAAAUGAAAAAAUUAAAUUUAAGAGACAUCUUCAGGAAAAUUUCCCUCAAGGUGCUACUUCAUGGUACCCAAAUGAACUGAAAARACAAACUUCUAGUACCUCAACAAUAAGAAGACAGAAGAAAGGGCUUCAAAGAUGGAAUGAUUUGCCAACUAUUGUCCAGGAUGAUACAUACUUGUCAACAUUAGCCAGUUCUUCAGACAUGAAUAUUUCAGACUUGAGUUCUGAAUACAGACUGAGAAAAAAGAUGAAAGAAGAUGUCAACAUUGUGAAAAUAGCUGAGGAGUGGAGGUCAAAGUGGUUCUUAGAGAGAAAAUGGCAAAACAGUACCACAGAGGAACUUCUAAAAGCCAUGACAGACAUUAAUGACCAUGUGAGACUAGCUGCAGUAGCUGCAUGYAGUAAAGCAGCGAUGAUUAGAAAAGCAAAGAAAGAAGAACCGGUCUUACAAGGAAUAGUGUUUGAUAAGAGCAAGGAUGUUGUUAUAACCCUUGAAGCUACCCUUGAACCAGAGUUACUAGACAUGGUCACGUUGUUGUUGAAUGAUAAAAAUGCUCAAGUGAGAAUAGCUGCUGCAAUCACUCUGUACACUCUCAAGAAACCAAGUGAUAAAGCCCAGACUGUAUUAUUAUGGGCUAUUGAGCAUGGAGGUCCACCAGAGAAGUGGGCGGCUACUCAAUGCCUUUCCCUGGCCAAUACAGUAUGCGAYCAAGUCAUCAAYGAACUUGUCAGACAACUUCACUCUGACAACUCUGUGAGAGCUGUAGAAGCUGGUGGACUGUUAGCUGAGCUUAGCAGACAUUCUGGCAUUGUACAGUCUCUAAUUGCUGAACUGUUGAACAGCAGUAGUUGGAAAGACAGGGAAACGGCUUGUAAAGUAAUCCCUAAGUUAAGAGGAGGUAUCAAUAAGGACAUGACGCAUAAAUUAUCAUAUUUAAUGUGGAAUGACUGGAAUAAACAAGUUAGGUCCGCCGCUGCCCAGGCACUGGGCAAAACUGGAAACGGAAAGCUUGUCCAUGAUGCACUACAAAAUAGGAUUUCAUCUGGUAAUGAAAGAGUUAAAGUGGAUGCACUUAAAAAGCGCUUGGUUGUACAGGAGUUGUCAAYGAUAAAGUCACAGAAGUUCUUCUAUGGGCAAUGCGAUACGAGAAGGUACCCGCUGUACGUGCUGAGGCGUGUAACGCGGUCGCACAACUGAAAAUUCGAGAUGAGCGUAUCUUAUCCGUUUUACAAGACAGACUGGUUGUAGAGACUGAUGAMCUGGUGAAAAGUCAGAAAAUAGAAUAGAAGCUACGAUCUUUGAAGCAAAUAAUGAGAUAAGCGACAGUGAGUCGGUUAUAUCUGAGCAUGCACAGGGAGGGGACUUGUGUUCAGAUGUUGAUUCGAGUAAAGAAGACCCCGAGUUGUUAGAACUGGCAGAUGAAACCAGCGAACAGCAGAGUGUUUUACAGGAUGAUGAAUAGUUUAUGUAGAUAUUGAAUAAUCAAUUGUAGUUUUUGGAAGAAAGUAAAACUAUCCGGCAAUUUGA